AUGUCGUCCGACUUUCGCGGGUCAGGCGACGACGCCUUGCCUGCUCCUCCGGGACAGCCUCAGCAAUUGAAUUCCAGCGCUGUCGCUGGCAAGGUCUCGGAGGACAGCACCAACAAACCGUUUACCUCUGAAAUGGACAAGCAAGAAGGCGUCGACGGCGACUCUGACGACGACAAGAGCGACGACGGCGACGCACCCGACAGCGCCGCUGCAGACGGAGCCCCUCCCCCUCCUGACGCUUCUAAUCCAAGCCCAGCCGAAGCUGCGCUGAUGAAGCAGGUCAAUGCAGUUCUCUCAUCCGAGAUUGGUAUAGCCACCCUGUUGAACCGUCUCAAGCAGAGUGUUACUUCUGCCAAGGAAUUUGCGACCUUCCUCAAAAAGCGCGCCAUUCUCGAGGACGACCACGCUCAGAGCUUGAAGAAGCUCUGCCGCUCGACCCAGGACAAUAUGCGACGAGCGGACCACCGCACAGGCAGCUUUGCCCAAUCCUAUGACGAGAUGAUGUAUAUCCAUGACCGCAUGGCCGAGAACGGUAUCCAAUUUGCAGCCUCGCUCCACCAAAUGUACGAGGAGCUGAACGAGCUGGCCAUCAACUCGGAGCGCAGCCGGAAGACUUGGAAGACCGAUGGUCUGUCCGCCGAGCAAAAAGUUGCCGACCUCGAACAGACCAUGCGCAAGAGCAAAGCCAAGUACGAUUCGCUUGCUGAAGAGUAUGACAGAGCUAGAACCGGCGAGGGCCGACAGGGUGGAAAGGUUCUCGGCGCUUUCAAGGCGCACAAGUCGGCCGCGCAGCAGGAGGAAGACUUGCUCAAGAAGGCCCAAAAUGCCGACCAGACGUAUUAUAGCCACGUCCAGACGCUGCAGUCGGAAAAAUCCCAGCUCGAGUCGUCGCACCGCCCAAGGGCUAUCAAGGCUCUCCAGGAUUUGGUGUCCGAGACUGACUCUGCCACCACACUGCAGAUGCAGAAGUUUGCUGCUUUCAACGAAAAGCUGCUCCUUGGCAACGGCUUGAUUGUGUACCCUUUCAAGAACCAGCCUGGAGAGACAACUCCCCAACCCCGUAGCCUUCGCCAGGCCGUCUCCUCCAUUAACAACGAGCGCGAUCUUAACGAGUUCGUCUCGGCCCAGCUUUCCAAGGUCACACAUACCAGCGAGGUCAAAUACGAAAAGAACCCGGUGCUGAGCGCUCAAUCCUCUGGAGCGCCCAGACCACACAGCCAGCCCUUUGCUCCUUCCGGCCAGCAAGGUUCCAAUGUUCCGUUCGCUGGUGGCAGCAUCUCCGGCCCCAUGUCACAGCAGCCGCAAUCAAUGGGCGUCCGAUCCAGCACGGGCAACUUUACCGGACCUAGCGGCCCCGGCAGCCCGCAGCAUGCCUCCGUCCCCCAGAGCCCACCGGGACCACCUGGCCCAGGACAGGGCAUGGUUUCUGGUGUGUCCCAGGGCGGACUUCCAGAUCAACCUAGACCGUUUGGCCAGCAGCAACAGCAUAACCGCAGCUUCAGCCAAGGCAACCCUCUUAGCCCGUCUGGUCCAGGUGGUCUUGGUGGCCCUGGUGGGCCGCCGCCGCCGCAAUAUGGUGGACGGGGCGGGCCUCCUCAAGGACCUCCUCCCCAGCAGGGGCUCCCGCACCAGGGAUCUCCCAGGUACGGAAAUGGCCAGCCGGGUGCCCCUCAACUUGGCGCCUUACCUUUCCAAGGUGGCAAUCCCCCAGGACAGCGCGCCUCGCCUCAGCAGAGUCAAGCGCCCUUUGGACCUCCAGGCGGCGGACCUGUGGCACGCGGAUCGCCACAGCAAACCCAGCUGCCAUAUAGACCUCCCAGCGACAUCAAGAGCCCAGCCGGUCCCGGCGGUCAUCCCAGUGUCAUGCAGCCAGGACAGCAACCUCAGAGCCAACCGCCGGCGUACCCAAGCGCCCAAGGCACCAGCGUUAUGGCCAACCCGGCGCCGUCCAAGCCCGUCUUUGGCGUUUCGCUGUCUAAGCUGUACGAGCGCGACGGAUUGGCUGUGCCCAUGGUUGUGUACCAGUGUAUCCAGGCCGUUGACAUGUACGGUCUUGGCGUGGAGGGCAUCUACCGCCAGUCUGGCUCCCUGAGUCACAUUAACAAGCUCAAGAGCAUGUUUGAUGCGGACUCUCAGAACCCGCUUUUGGAUUUUAGAAACCCAGAGAGCUUCUACCACGACGUCAACAGUGUGACUGGGCUGCUGAAGCAAUUCUUCCGUGAUCUUCCCGAUCCUAUUCUAACGACGGAGCACCACAGCAGCUUCAUCAACGCAGCCAAACACGACGACGACAUCGUCCGCCGCGACUCGCUGCACGCCAUCAUCAACAGCCUCCCCGACCCCAACUACGCGACGCUGCGCGCCAUCACGCUGCACCUGUACCGCGUGAUGGACAACUCGCACAUUAACCGCAUGAACUCGCAUAACCUGGCCGUCAUCUUUGGCCCGACGCUCAUGGGCAGCGACCCGAGCACGGCGAUGACCGACGCAGGAUGGCAGAUUAAAGUCAUCGAUACCAUUCUGCAAAACACGUACCAGAUUUUUGACGAGGACUGA